CUGAACUGGUGCAAUAAGUUAGAGUGAGACAAAUAGUCUGUUUUUUCAGCUGCACUGCUGAACUGGUGCAAUAAGUUAAAGUGAGAUAAGUAUAUUUUUUCUCACUCUAAAUUAUUGCACCAAUUCAGCAGUGAAGUUCAGAAGAUCAUACAAAGAACAGGCUUCUAAAUAAGAAGAUGCAUUCUGAAUGAAUAUGUACUUAAAUAUACUUGAAUAUUGAAAAGUAAAACGAAAAUACUACUUCUCUAUUUGAAUUUUUUUUAAUCUUUUACUUAAUAUUUUUAAUUAAUUAUUUAGUAUAAUGGAUAUACAAGAUUUUUGUCAAAAGUUGCCUAAAGUGGAACUGCAUGCACAUUUGAAUGGUUCUUUAAGUUUGACCACUCUGCAAAAGUUGCAUAAGAUGCAACAGUCAGAUAAUCAGAUUACCACAUGUGAUCAAACAUUUAUGGAAAUUAGGAAUUUGUCAUCCUUGACGGAAUGUUUUAAGAUAUUUGAGAUAGCUCAUGCAUUAACAAUUACACCGCAAGCUGUAUUUGUUGCUACUUGCGAUGUAAUAAAAGAAUUUCACGAAGAUAAUGUUAUCUAUUUGGAAUUGAGAAGCACACCUCGUGCUGUGGAAGGGUUAAUGACAAAACAAGACUAUCUUGAAGCUAUGAUAAGAGCCUUAGAAACAUCUAAAUCUCAAUUUCCUCAGAUUCUUGUGAAAUUAUUGGUAUCAAUCAAUCGUAAACAUGGUUACAAGUCUGCAAAAGAAAAUGUAGAUCUUGCGAUACAGUUUAUGAAACAGUAUCCAGAAUAUGUUGUUGGCUUAGAUCUAAGUGGCGAUCCAACAGCGGAAGGUUCUUUCUUAGAAUUAUUAAAAAUAGCUAGAAAAGCAGGUCUUAAAAUUGCAGCUCAUUGUGCAGAGAUACUAAAUGAGAAGGAGACAAUUGAUAUCUUAAAAUUUAAACCCGACCGACUGGGACAUUGUACUUGUAUUCAUCCCAGUUUAGAAGGUUCUGAACAAUUGUUUGACACGUUACUUCAAUCCAAAGUUCCUGUUGAGUUAUGCUUGACAUCGAACGUUAAAUGCAAAACAGUAUCGUCAUAUGCAGCUCAUCAUUUUAAAUAUUUGUACAAAGCUGGACAUCCUAUAACUAUCGGAACCGAUGAUAAAGGUGUUUUUGACACAUGCUUGUCAAACGAAUUGAAGAUAUUGAGCUCUGUCUUUGACGUUGGCAGAGAGCAGCUUAAGGAAUUGUCUGUAUUAUCUGUACAAUACAGCUUUGCGAGUACGGAAGAAAAGGAAAAAUUAACAUCGAUUAUCGAGAAUUUUUUGAUUGAUGUUCGAAACUAGUAAAGCAGACCUGUUCAAGUUUUCACGAGCCUAUACCCGUCGUGUCUUUUGCCGAAUGAAACAGAAAAAAAGCUAAGACGGUACCACGCGUUUCGUGUACAUGCGUAUGAUACACGGAUCCCGCAAUAUGAAGCGGGGAACGAGGCGGUGCC